UUGCGCCCACUCUCUUUCUCUCAAUCUCUCGCAAGAGCGUGACGAGCAUCUCCACGACGUGCUAGCUUCAUCCUCUGCUUCCUCGCACCUAUAACGCGUCGAACACACUAGGUUUACGAUGAUUUCUGGUGCGCGUCGAGUUCUCGAUUGGAUCUCGCCCGAAGACGCGAACACGAACGCGAAUGGCAACGCCAAUCCCCACGACGAGGACGGCGGUGACGAUGACGCGCCCGUGAUCCCACUUCCUGACGACGAAGAAAGCAACGUGAAUACCAUCGAGCGCGAACACGAACAGACUCCAAGUCCAGAGCACAGCGUGUUAGAAGUUCACGUUCCUGCUUCGAGUGGAAAUGGUGGUAUCCGGGACUCUGAGGAGAACGGUAGAGAUCGUAGGCGUACGCGCAGAGGUAGAAGGAAUCGAGGAGAGGACGAGGGCAGACGGCCGGAAGACGACAUGGUGCCAGUUAUCCCGCCUAGGUUGAGCGAUGCGGGUUCUGGGUCUGAGGAGGUCAGUCGACCCACGCCGCCGCCUAUGCCGUCCAUGCCAAUUAUCCCAGUGCGCGAACAUCGACGGUCUGUCAGAGUGGAAGAAGUUUCCGAAUCUCCGGACGGUUCGACCAGUACUGAUGAGCGGCGAGAACCUGUCGCGAAUCAGAGGGCGGCCACAGAGAUCCAAACUCAGGGUCGGGGUUAUUCUGUUUCAGUCCUUCCACAAGGUUGGGGCGGGUCUUAUGUGGCUGACAGCCCUGGCACUGGAGCAUUCGUACGGUCACCUAUGCGAGCCCCAAUAUUUGACCCGCAUGGGCAACCGUUUCCCAGCACGGUUCGACGUCGUGAUGAACAAAGCCAGAGAUCCACCCGACGGGGCUCGAGGGGUCCGAGGACGGUGUAUGGGGGCGAAUCUAUCGUACCUUCGGGAUAUGCGGAUGAUCGUAGACGCAACUCGUUUGACGAGGCCGAUGCAUGGAGUCGUGCACCCCAUAGUAGCGCCCCAUACGACUCACGAACACCUGCAAUCCCUCGCCAAAGUGGUUACGGAUCCUCACGUCGUCGCCCACGAAGUCGUUCUUUCGGUGUCACUGCAGAGCCUACUACCGACGGCGACACUGUCUACCCCAUCGACUCUGCCUCUCGUCGGCGUAGAGCAGAUUCAGAAAUUCGUGACCCAGACCGUCAUGACGGCCAUAUACCUAUAAUACCUCCUCGGGAUAUCGCUCCUGGCCUUUGGGGUACGACGCAGCCAGGUUACGCCCCGUCAACGGGUCCUUAUAGCCGACGCGACGGUGAGGGUAUGGCUUACAGCCAUGUGGACGGUGAGGGUAGGGUUUUUCAACCUCCUUAUUUGCCCGGAACUCGAUAUUGGCCACCUCCCAGUCCUGGUUAUGCACCGGCUCCGAUACCUAUCCCCCCGCCGCCGGGCGUGGCUUUUCCUCCGGUACCGAUGGAUUCAUUUCGCCCACGGAGACAGACUCCUUCGGACUUAGGCGCGUACACGGAGACAUUUAUGCCGCCGAUGACAAGCCAAAGUCGGAAAGACCGUGAAGAUUUGCAAGCGCCUUCAGCUCAGCCGACACAUAAUGAAAGAUCGAAAACAAGCUUUUUUGGCAGACAACAUACUGGAAAACCGAUCACUUCAUCUAGACAGACAGGUGUAUACCUCCAACCCGACAGAGUCGCCGAGUUCACCGUAUAUGGACAUAAUUGGGACGUGACGCUCGACAUGCUCGACGAGAGGGCCCGGAGAAGACCAGCACCGAGAUUAAAUGGAGACGAUCUGUAUAUUGAGCCGGCUGUGGCUUCGUAUAUGGUGAGUGUGACUGAUUUGAUGAGGGACUCACUCGUGCCGUUGACUGAACACUACGCCGAACCCGAUAUUGAGGUCAUCAAGGAUAUGUCCUGCACAUUUUUGAGCGCGUUCGCUUCUCCGGAUACCCUGUGGCGUCUCGCUAUCAACCCCAGCCUCCCUCAAUCUGUCCACGAUGCUCUGCACGGAACAACAACAGCAAUGACUUGGCCAGCUGUGGUUAACCGCUUCAGGAGGUGGCACUUCCCCGAUAUCUACUUCGACUGGCAGAUACAAACAAGCUUCACACAGGCAACGGUGAACCUGAAUGCACGAGGCCGAACGCAAGUAAAGACCGUGUGGCGCGCCUUCGCGAAACAAGGUGCCGGACUCGUAGCUAUGGGCUCUAUAUACGACGAAUUCGUGAUGAUGGAAGACCCUUCCAAUAGCUCAUAUGCACCAAGUCCAGUGCUCCAGAUUGAAAGUAGGAUGUUCCAGGUGAGGGACGUGUUCGUCGAGGAGCUGUUCAGUCCGGCGCCGUGGCCGUUGGAUAUGCUUCCGUCACAAAGGUUGAGUACGAGAGCCGUCGUUCUCGAAUCACGGACACUCCUUCGAAAAUUCCGCGAAGGCCGUAUGGUCUUGGGAUUUCUGGUCGCCUUCAGCGCCGUCGUCACUGCGCUGCAACCUAUUGUCCAGCUCGCAUCAUCUGCUGCCGCAUGGGUAUUGACAGGAUUGGGAAUCGUGGCGGCUCUGAUCGCGGUGGUAUCUGUGCUGCUGGAGCAGGUCGUCAAGAGGAUGGAAAGACAGGGGAUGUUGAGUCUUCAGGACUAUGACAAAGUUUGAAGGAGACGACAUCAAGGUCCCGCAGCAAGGGCCAUUACGACUCGGGAUUUGAAAGAGCAGUAGCCCGUAAGUGGCUUAUUCUACCAUUAUCAUACACAUACCCAUAUGUGCGAGGAUACCUUUGACUUCGGAUGCUAUGGGGCACGCUUUCGACCCUUGAAGAACAGUCUCCAGUCAUUUACUUGGGCCACACUCAAGUUCUUGGCAGGCCCCCAACACUUCUUCUUCUCCUAUUCAAGCCUCCUGAUUUUCUUUCGAAGAUGAUAGCAAGCUCCUGUAGGGUCUUUCUGCAAC